AAGAAGAGGUUCAACUCUGUGUCUUCAGUUUGAUCGUAGACUCUUGCUGCUCCUUCCUCUCCAACUUUAUCUAUCCACAUUGGCAGCGCCCUCGCAUCCUCUAUCACCCUCUAUCAUCCAGCCGCUGACACAGACAACCAUCCAACCAUCCAACCAUCCAACCAUCCAUCUAUCCAACCAUCCAACCAUCCAACCCCGUCUCCCUUGUGUCUGUUCCAGCUGCACCGACAUCAUGGGGAUAGUUCUUGGAAUCGUAGCGGAUGUGGCCGUGGCAGCGAUAGAAGCAGCUGCAGAGGCGGCUGCAGAGGCGGCUGCAGACGCUGCAAUGGAAGGAGUUGUAGACGGAGCAGUGGAUGCAGCAACAGAAGGGGCGGCUGAGGCUGCAGAGGCGGCAGAGGCCGGAACCACGGCUGCUGAAACCACAGCUUGGGUUUUGAGAAAUGUUGCCAAAUUCAGCAAAAUGAUUAAAGACUUUUGUGAAAUUGAUGCUGUUUUCAAAGCUGCAAAAGCUGUUUUAGAGUCUCUCCUUCAGGACCCUGAAGCUGCUGAAAGAUGGAAGCGGCUGCAUAAAUCUCUUAGCUUAUUGUUAGUCCUAACCAGUAAGAUGAAGGAAUUGAUGAAGUGGAUGGAGGAACAUAAAGAAGACACUGUGAAACUGGACAACUAUGACAUCCCUCUGGAAUCAGGACUACUUAGCAGCUUCAUGAAACCACUGCUGAAGGCUAUUGCAACCUUGCAGAGACUGUCAGAGCAAGUCUCUAAACAGAACUUGAACAAACGUGCGAUGACAGACACACAGCUGACAAUGAUGCACAGAGGCAUCAUCCGUGUGGUGACAACACUCCAGUCGCUGGCUGAAUACGCACAACAACAUGGUGGAAAGGUGCCGGUAUUGAUGUCUCUUCCAAUCAGCCAAAAAGAAGUUCAGAAAUGGAUGGGGGAUCUGGGUUGUGAAGGAGAUGGAGUUCUCUCCCUUCUAAAGCUUCACAACUAUAAGUAAGCCUGUCCUCAGUAAAAUAAGAAUCUUAAAAAUAUGUAAUCAUCAUCAGAAACCCCCCUUGGCUCUACAGAAACUUUGAAACAUCGUGAGAAUAAAGUUAGGGGUGUCAGGGUCUAGAUCAGGGGUCGGCAACCCAAAAUGUUGAAAGAGCCAUAUUGGACCAAAAACACAAAAAACAAAUAUGUCUGGAGCCACAAACAUGAAAAGUCUUGUAUGGGGAAGAUUUUUUUUUCAUUAUGCACUUCAAAAAAAAAAGUCGAAAUGUCGUGGAAAAAGUCAAAAUUUCGAGAAAAAAGUCAAAAUUUCGAGAAAAAAGUUGAAAUGUCGAGAUUAAUGUUGAAGAGGGGCGGCAGUGGCUCAGGUGGUAGAGCGGGUCGUCCGAUGAUCGGAAGGUCGGUGGUUCGAAUCCCGCUCUGUCCCAGUUUGCUGUCGUAGUGUCCUUGGGCAAGACACCUUACCCACCUUGCCUCGUGUGAAUGUGUAUGAAUGUGUAUGAAUGUUGGUGGUGGUCGGAGGGGCCAUUAGGCGCGAUAUGGCAGCCACGCUUCUGUCAGUCUGCCCCAGGGCAGCUGUGGCUACAGAUGUAGUUUACCACCACUGGAGAGGAUGUGUAUGAAUGAAUAAUGAUUUCUGUAAAGCGCUCUGGGUGCCUUGAAGGGCGCUAUAUAAAUCCAAGUCAUUAUUAUUAUUAUUAAGUACAAUCUCGAGAAAAAAGUCAAAAUUUGAGAAAAAAGUCGAAAUGGUGAGAAAAAAGUCAAAAAAAUUUUUUUUUCGUUUUAAUUUGAGAGUAUCUUCCUUUCUUUCCUUUUGUAAUGGUCUACAAUGGCCUGUGACUUUUUGCCAACGUCUAAAUGUUAAUUGUUUCUCAUUUCUCCAAUUCUUGGGCAUUGGGAUUUUAUUGUUAAUGUUUUUAUC